GUGAUUGGCCGCCUCGCAGCCGCGUGCACAAACGGAUCGGUUCAUUCACAGAGAGGAAGAGGAGGCAGCAGCUAACGGUCCAAACGUCUCCACCUCAUCAUCUUCAUCAUCAUCUUCACCAUGUCCGCGUGAAGCAGUUGCGCGCGCGCUGCAGAAACAGACACUGGAGAGAAAAAUACACUCAGAAGACGCGCGCGACGCCGGAAAAAUCGCCACUGAUUCCCAGAUUCUGCACUCCGACCGAACCAGGACCAGGUCCAAGGCCAGGAGUAGAACCAGGACUGAGACCAGGAAAUUUGUUCAGCCUUCAUCAGGUGCUGAGACAGAGGGAAGCUCAGACCCGCCCAGCAGAGAUGGCGAAGGCAGACCAGCGUUUCAGCCAAAGGGAUGGUUCAGACCAGAACUUCGACUACAUGUUCAAGCUGCUGAUCAUCGGGAACAGCAGCGUUGGGAAGACAUCUUUCCUGUUCCGCUACGCUGACGACUCCUUCAGCAACUCCUUCGUCAGCACCGUCGGCAUCGACUUCAAGGUGAAGACGGUUUAUCGCAACGACAAAAGGAUCAAGCUGCAGAUCUGGGACACAGCGGGACAGGAGCGUUACCGCACCAUCACCACAGCCUACUACCGCGGCGCCAUGGGCUUCAUUCUCAUGUAUGACAUCACCAACGAGGAGUCCUUCAACGCCGUCCAGGACUGGGCCACGCAGAUAAAGACGUACUCGUGGGACAACGCCCAGGUCAUCAUGGUGGGCAACAAGUGCGACAUGGACGAGGAGAGAGUCGUACCUCCAGAGAAAGGAAAACACCUAGCUGACCAGCUAGGUUUCGAGUACUACGAGGCUAGCGCCAAGGAGAACAUCAACGUUCGACAGGUGUUUGAGCGCCUAGUGGAUAUCAUCUGUGUGAAAAUGUCCGAGCGCGUGGACGUGGAGGCACCGACGGCUGCUGGAUCCAAGACCACCAGACUGACCGACAAGCCCGCCCAGCUACCUCAGAAGUGUUGCUGAUCACCAGUCCGCCACCCCACUGAAGCCCCGCCCCCACAGAACCCUUGUCCACCUGAAACCCUGCUCCCACAUAAUCGACAACUUGCUGAAGCCCCGCCCCACAGAACCCUCAUCCUGAUGAAGUCUUGCCUUGAAAAAAACCCGCCCCAAUGAAGCCCCGCCUCCACUUCAGCUGUACCGUUGCUCCGCCUUCAGCUUCAGUCAUGUUUGUGAGAUGUCAGUAAUCACUGCGAACAUCUGUUGACCCGGUUCUGUCAGAGCUGCAAGGUUGACCGGGCUGCUGGUGGACUCUAGGCUGGUUGAUUGGUUAGAAGGGAGGAGUUCUGGCUCUGCAAACAGCGAUGAGAUGUGUCUUCAUCAUAUGUGUUGAAGUUCAGAUGUUCCAGGUCCAGUUCUCUUGUUCCAGAUCUGGUUUGUGCCAGUUCUGGUGUUCCAGGUCUCCUGGUUCUGGUGGUUCUCCUGCCGGUGAGGGUCAACAGGUCAACAGUGAGCACAGUGCCGCUUCUCUCAGUGUUUACAAGUGAGAUUCCUUUAGUUCGGUUUGGUCCAGGUUGGUGUAUUUGGUCCAGUCCAGCCCGCCUCAAACACAGACUGCAGUGCUGUCCUAUCAUCUGGUUUGGUCCAGUUUAGUCUGGCCAGGUCCAGUUUAGUCUAGUUUGGUCCAGUUUAGUCUGGUCUGGUCCAGUGUUGUCUGGUCUGGUCCAGUUUAGUCUAGUCUGGUUCAGUUUAGUCUGGUUUGGUCCAGUUUAGUCUAGUCUGGUCCAGUUUAGUCUGGCCUGGUCCAGUUUAGUCUGGUCCAGUGUUAUCUGGUCUGGUCCAGUUUAGUCUAGUCUGGUCCAGUUUAGUCUGGUCUAGUGUAGUCUGGUCCAGUUUAGUCUGGUCUGGUCCAGUUUAGUCUGAUCUGGUCCAGUUUAGUCUGGUCCAGUGUAGUCUGCUCUGGUCCAGUUUAGUCUGAUCUGGUCCAGUGUAGUCUGAUCUGGUCCAGUUUAGUUUGGUCCAGUGUAGUCUGGUCUGGUCCAGUUUAGUCUGUUCUGGUCCAGUUUAGUCUGGUUUGGUCCAGUGUAGUCUGGUUUGAUCCAAUUUAGUCUAGUCUGGUCCAUUUCAGUCUGAUCUGGUCCAGUCUGCGUCAUCCAGUCACAGCCCAGAUCAGCUGGUUAGCCCCACCCUCGUCCUGUAGCUGGUGUAGUAACGUAGCGGCCAUUUUCCUCCCUGAUGCUGCGUGUGUGUUGUUGUUUAUGUGGUGAUAUUUAUUGUGAGGGUUGUUUGUGAGACUGUGAGAAACGUUUGAUAUUAACGCUGUAGAACCGCCUCCACGCAGCGCACGUUUGUGUGACUUCAUAUUGAUGAAAACAUCCAAUAAUAUCGACAUGGUCGUCAUUUUUCAAGUGAAUUUGCAAAUGAUAGAUUUAGAGUUGUUGAUUUAUUUUUCUGUAAACUUGUUGUCUUCGCUCCGGAUGGAGAAGCACAAAGUGAAUAUUUGUAUCUUAUAGAUUCAAUUUAGUAAAAUAAAAAUCACAAACUUUAACCAGAA